CCAGGUCUUUGCUUUUCCCUCUGCUUUUUGUUGUUUUGAACAGAGUUGUUCCGCCAUAGCUGUUAGUUGGUUAAGAGACUUCCUGCUCCAACUUUCUUUACAUCCUGUUUCAGCAUGCUAGUUCCUUAAGCUUCACGCUUAAUUGCUCGUGACAGCUUUGGUUGCAAUUUCUCUUGCAAUCACAGAAGUUGGGCUCCCAUUUCUGAAUCCACUUGACCGGGGAAUCAAGUAAUUUCAAAUAUUAGGGUUUGGUUUCCCCUUCUUUUUUGGUGAUUCUCGGGCCGAGCAGGCUUUACCCAAAUGAGUGGAGAUUGCCUGCAGUUUGAAAACCCCAUUGGCGAUGGCGUCUCCAGGAUCCGAUUCGCUCCCUCCUCCAACAAUCUCCUCAUUUCUUCCUGGGAUUCGAAUCUCCGGUUGUACGAUGUGGAUAGCUCCAGAGUUAGACUCGAAGCUUCAGUAGGUUUUGCGCUGCUGGAUUGUUGCUUCGGCGCAGAGUCUUUGGCAUACAGUGCCGCUUCUGAUGGUUGCAUUAGAAGGUGUGACUUGCAUUCUGGGAGUUGUGAUGCAAUUGGGCAUCAUGAGGAUGUAGCAACUUGCGUCGUCUACUCGGAUGAAACAGGCCAAGUUAUUUCGACUGGUUUGGACAAGAAGAUGGUAUCGUGGGAUACACGCUCCUCAAAAAGUUCACAUGUGAGACAUAUGGGUGCAGAAGUGAAGGCCAUGUCAUUGUCUGGGCGCUAUAUAAGUGUUGCCAUUGGAGGGUCGAUAGAAACGUAUGACUUGCGUUAUAUGGAAGGACCGGCUUGUCUUACAAAUUCUUGUUUUGAUGUUCGAAUAAGAUCCCUUUGCUCAGUUCCUUAUUGUAAAGGGUAUGCAGCUGGUUCAGUUGAUGGAACAGUGGCACUGGAGAUAUCCAAUCCAACAACUUCAGAAGUGACACGCUAUGCUUUCCGCUGUCAUCCCAAAUCAGCAGAUGGGAAAAAACAUCUAGCUGCCAUCACUGACGUACAAUUCAAUCCAAGUAUCUUUGGUGCUUUUGUUACUGGUGAUAAUCGAGGCAAUCUCCUAGCAUGGGAUGCUCAAAGCAAAAGAAGGUUAUUCGAGUUUCCACAAUAUCCAACCGGUGUUGCGUCUCUUGCAUACAAUUGUAAUGGACAGCUUUUGGCUGUUGCAUCAAGCCAUACAUACCAAGAAGCAAUUGAGACGGAAGUUGUGUCCCCCCAAAUUUUCGUAUGCAAGGUGGGAGAUCCGUAGUAUAGAAUCAUUUUCUGGUUUUGAUUCUACCACUACAUAAAGGUCUUCCAUUCCAUCCACUUGCUGAGCAUGUAAUGGGACAGGCCAAUCGAAUGAGAAGCAUGGUAAGCGCAUGAAGAAGUAUUUAAAGGCUGACCAAGUAUGGAAAUUUGCAUCACCGGAGUGGCUACAAUUUGUGAGUUGGCUUCGAGGUGACCUGCCUUAUUGCUGAAUGUUCUCUGCUAGUGGAGCUGUAACUGUUGUGAUAUAAUUUUUAGUUUCCUGUCCUUGUGCUUUUGUUUCUCUCGUUGCUGGGUUUCAUGCUCUCGAGCUCGACUACAGAAUUUUCUGGAAAUGGUUAUUGAACAGCUUGAUUCCACAUUCUGGACAUGCCUUACGGAUUCUAUGUCUCGGA